CAGGUGACUCCAUCAGCCGCUGGUAAACAAACUUCAAUAACAAAGUGUGGCCAAGGUACCUCCUUUUUCACUACUUAUUGGCUUUAAUACUAGUGCUGUAACACCAACUAUCUAAUAUUUUCAAGUGCUGGAUAAUAUUAGUAAACAAAGACCAUGGGGGCUCCCGUAUAGCAGACGAUAUAAACCAUGACAUGGUCACCACAGGAGAUCCGAUUGCGCCAUAAUUACGCAAGUUACUGUACUAAGAUGGAUGGCAAAAGUUGUGGUGGCCCAGCACCCAAGUCUGGCAACUCUGGGGGAAGUAGACAGCCUCCUCCAGGCAACAAGGACUUAGCAGGCAAGAAACAGCCAGAGUUGUGUACUGGAAUGGAAGUUGGUUGGUCUCUGCAAGGCCAAAAGUUUCCCCAAGGAGCUCCCAGAGUUCCCACACCUGGUCAAGGUGUGUGUCCUCCAGGCACUGGUCAACAUGCUAACCCAGUGUUGAAGAAUGUUAAGCCACCUGAACCUACUUCAGGCAGUGCUAAUAGAGUUACCAUUGAAGAUGUUGCUAAUAUUCCCCUGCCCAAUGAAGCACCAGUGCCACCAAAACCUACCCUAACUUGUACUUCAAUAUCUAAACCUGCUCCUUUACCACCAACACAGCAACCAUCUGCUCUUGAGGAGUCUCUCUCUUAUGGUAAAGCAGAACAAAGAGGUUCAUAUCACAAGUCUGAAGGAAUUAACUCUCCCGGUGUUGCAAUAUCAACAACGAAUAUUGUGGCAUCUGCAACUGUUUCCAAACCUCACUCAAGUGUAUCAACUCAGCCUCAGAAAUCAAGUAAUAUCAGUGAACCAGGAACUACUACAGGAGUAUCACAAAGAUUCUUACCUGCCCAGGGAUCUUCUUCCAAACAAGCAACUUCAAGUAAGGGGCUAGCAUCUCUUGCAUCAGCUGUUGCGAGCAAACUUUCUAGUUCUGGCACCAUUGUGCCAAGUGCAGUCACACCAUCUCAGUCUUCAGAGGGCCUUUCCUCCUUGGUUUCUUAUUCUUCAUCAUCAGCUGAAGUAUCAGGUUCUGAAGAUAAUGCCCAAGAUGACCAGGAAGAGAGUAGUUUAUCAUCUGCUUUAGAUGAACCCAUGGAUACUAGUGAAAACAGUAGCCAAUCAGCUGGUGCUCCUGCUGUUGGUGCCCCCACUAUGGGGACAGUAGUUGAAUCUUUUGUUGCUUCUGUAAAGGCAAAAAAUUUAGAUCGACAAGAGCCACUUCAGAAGGAAGACAUUGCUGAAGGUGUGGUUGUUGCUACGACCAGUGAAAGCAGUCAGAAGAAGGUGUUGCCAAUUACGUCCCCUGAUGUUGUGAAGGGAGGAGACACAAAACCAACUCCAAGCAUCACUGAUGUUACUGCAGAUGUAGUCAAAGAAAUUAAGGAAGUUCAACUGAAAUCAGAGCUAAGCAAAGAGGACACUCAUGCCAGAAACACAAAAUUAACUGUGGAUGUAAAGUUAUCCACAGCAACAGAAAGUAAAGAUGAUCAUCAAGCUUCAGAUAAGUCUUCAACCACAGUGAAAGUUGGUAUCUCAGAUGUAGGCCCUCUAAAGCCUUCCCUUCAGCCAAAAACUGUUGGUACUGUUCAGGAUAAACAUGCAAAGAACACAUUAGACUUGGAGAAAGGAGACAAAAGGUCAUUGAUCAUCAAGGGUGGAGAACAACAAUCCUUCAAAGGUAAACAGGAGCAUCCAUCUUCCAUACCACACACAGCAGCAGCUAAAGACGUGAAGGUAUCUGAUGCUAUGAAGGUCAUCUCAAAACCAGCAGCUGGAGUAGGUCCUCACAAAGGUACUCAGAAGCUGAAGGAACACCCAGAGAGGAAGAAGUCACCAACACAUAAAGAGGCUCCCAAGCUAACCAUUGAAAAGGAUCCCCAAGUACACACCACACAGUCCUUGGGUGGUAAAACAUCUGUGGAUGACAAGAUGACUGAGCAGGUCAAGAUGACUGAGCAGGUCAAGAUGACUGAGCAGGUCAAGAUGACUGAGCAGGUCAAGAUGACUGUGGACGAUAAGAUGACUGUGGGUGACAAGAUUGUGGAUGAUAAGGUGACUGAGCAGGUCAAGGUGACUGAGCAGGUCAAGAUGACUGUGGAUGAUAAGGUGACUCUGGGUGACAAGAUUACAAUAGAUGAUAAGAUGACUCUGGGUGACAAGAUGACUCUGGGUAACAAGAUGACUCUGGGUGACAAAAUGACUCUGGGUGACAAGAUGACUCUGAGUGACAAGAUGACUCUGGGUGACAAGAUGACUCUGGGUAACAAGAUGACUUUGGGUAACAAGAUGACUCUGGGUGACAAGAUGACUCUGGGUGACAAGAUGACUCUGGGUGACAAGAUGACUCUGGGUGACAAGAUGACUCUGGGUAACAAGAUGACUCUGGGUUACAAGAUGACUCUGGGUGACAAGAUGACUAUGGGUAACAAGAUGACUCUGGGUGACAAGAUGACUAUGGGUGACAAGAUGACUGUGGGUGACAAGGUGACUAUGGAUGACAAAAUGACUCUGGGUGACAAGAUGACUAUGGGUGACAAGGUGACUGUGGGCGACAAGACAUCUGUGGGUGACAAGACAUCUGUAGAUGACAGACAAUCACAGAGAGAGACUUUGAGUGUAGAAGAAGUAAUAGAGAGUUCAUCAGCUGCCAUCAAACUGCCGAAAGAGCAUGUGCCCGAUGUUACUCAAGAGGCCACGGAACCACCUCCGCCCGAGAGACAUGCUCCUCAAAGUACCCAGAAAGCUGAGGAACAAGGAAAGAAGAGAACCCUCGAGGACGACCUGUCAUCGACUCAAGGAAAAGAGCCAGAAGUAAAAGAACCAGCAGAGAAGAAGGCUCGGGUGGAGGAAUCAACUGCUCCACCUUUACCAUCCCAAGGGACAAGGAAAACCGAGGAAGCAUUGGGUGAAGUCGCUGAAUCAGAAAUGAUGGACAUUGAUACGAAGCGAGAGGAAGUGGCAAGCAUUAAAUUACCUGAAAUUGAGAAGGUGAUAGAACAAGUACAUAAGGGAGAUGAAGACAGUAGAGAUGGUCUUGAAGAUAAUAAUGGGGACGAGGAGGAAGUACAAGAGAAGGACAUAAAUAGUGAUAGUAAAGAAAAAGAUGAGGGAAAGGAUGAUGAAUCAUCCACACCCUCGAAAAGGAGGAAGAAAAAGAAGAAGUCAUAUGAAAGGCCAAGAGGAGAAGGCGGGAAAUUCAUGAAGGAACGACCAGACCCAUCUCUGCUGGAUGAGGAGACAAGAAUGGAUUACAGUCUUCUCCAGGAUGAAGACUCCCAAGGCUCUUCCUCUAAAAGGGAAGUUCGUAGGUUCCGCUGUGAAGUUAUUGUGCCAGAAAGUACUGAAGCGUUCACCGCCGAGAAAGUGGUCGAGUACGUUUGGCCGCUGGAAGGGAUUGGAGAGCACUACUUCAUACAGGAACAGAUCUCACAGUACCUUGGUAUUAUGUCAUUCAAGCGGCGAUACCCGGACCUGCGCAGGCGACCAAUUGACAUGCAGGAGCGGGAUUAUCUCAAGGACAAGGGCUUAGUCUCCGAGAUGGCCUGCGACCUGGGUUUAACAGCAGUGAGGAGUGAAGACGUACUAGAUGUUAUGUUCAAUGAUUUUCCUGGCAAGUUUGAAGAAUUGCAGCGACUCCUGAGAGAACGAAAGGAGAAUGAAAUUAGGGAAAGAGGAAAAGUAAAUUACUCGCUGGCUAAUAUUGACAAGUCCAAGAUGCAGGAGUAUGGGAGGAAGGCGGCUGUUGAUGCUGCACGUUGGAAUGCCAACUUCAACAAGGAAAAGAGAGAAGAACGGAGAUACAGCUUUGACCUACAAACAUUUACCCUGCAGCUACCCAUAGGUCGUGGUAAGAAGCUUCCUUCUGAAGCCACCAAAAUAGGAUGCUAUCCUGUGGCAGUUCUUCCUGGGCAGUUCACCGAUUUCUUCAGACAAUACUCACCUCAGGCACUGAAAACUAUGCCUUUAAAUACAGUAGUUGCAGCCCCCAUCACCCAGGACCAGCUAGGCUCAGAUGGUGCCAGCUCAGACUCAGAAGAAGAGGUACCAAGAUCAGUGACAGACACCCCUAGUGAGACCAAAGAUGAGAAGCCAGCAGAGGGAGUGCCUCGCUGCAAGGUGUGCAGUGGAACCAAGCAUCGCAACAAAGGGGGCAAACCUGAGCCUCUCAUCAUUUGUGGAAACUGCCGAUCAGCAAGUCACCCAACAUGCAUUGACCUUACCCUGGUAAUGGUGCCAAAGAUAGAGUCUUACAAUUGGCAGUGUAUGGACUGUAAGUCCUGUGUCACAUGUAACGACCCAGAUGAUGAAGACAAGAUGAUUUUCUGUGAUAUGUGUGAUCGAGGAUACCACAUCUACUGCGUUGGGCUGCGACGUGUGCCCAAUGGCCGCUGGCACUGUAAGGAGUGUGCCAUCUGUGCCUCGUGCGGGUCCAAAAAUCCAGCUGGUAGUGAAAAUGUGAAAAAUGCUGAAUGGCAGCACGAGUUCAAAAAAGAUAAGGACAACAAGCAGCUUAGAUAUGCAACCACACUGUGCGUUCAGUGUGACAAGUAUUGGAAGAGGAGACAGUUUUGCUAUGUGUGUUUAAAGGUCUACAAAAGUAUUCCAGAAGAUGGGAUGGUACGAUGUUCCAACUGUCCCAAGUACAUUCAUCGGGAAGUUUGCUCUACAAUGUAUGAGAAUGAGCGCUUCUGCAUAAAUUGUUUCAAGAUGCGUAACACCACCGCGCUUAACCACUCCCGUAUCAUCGCCGCAGCAAAGAAGAAGAUGGCAUCUGGCUAUUAAUGCGCAAAUACCGUACUUUAAAUUUUGUAGUCGCAAACGAUUUGUAGUUUUAGGUAAAAUAUAAAUUAUAACAUUAAUAAGUUAAGAUUAGAUCACUGGUAAGUGUAGUGUACUCCAGCUUAUGACUCAAAGGUAAAUUUUCCCUGACUUGCAGAUUUAUAUUGAUAUUCUUUCAGUAUAUGUGUAAGAUACUGCUCACUCAUCUGACUAAAUUAAUAAUACACACAUACAUAAAAAUUUAAAGUGUAAACCAAAUUAUAAACUUAUAAACCAAAUUAUUUUAUUUUCACUUUACAGAAGAUGAAACUAAUAAAAUACAAGAUCUGAGAGGGCUUUCCCUCCCCCUCUUGCUCAUAUCCUUUCAGGGUCUCUUAAUAUUUAUCAAAUGUAUUUCAAGGACUUUUAUAAUCUCCAUAUAAUGGAAUAAUUUUAGUUAAUUAUUUGUAAUUUUUUCCUACUCUAUAAAUAACUACAGCAUAUAUGGCGGUGUCAUUGUACACCAAGUCCCAGUGUUAUGAAGGUUGAUUUAAGACGACAUUGUCUGAGUCCAUUACCCAAGACUCGGGUGAUGUUUACCUUCACUCACUGGAGGAUAUAACAUUACCCUUUUACAGAAAUCAUGUUUAAAUCUGAAGCAUAAUUUUGUUGUAUUUGUUGUAUUUUAAAAGAGGUUUUAAUAGCUUUCUAGCCAUUAGUAAUGAUUUUAUUGGCCAUUUUCCUAAAAAACUGGAAGAGUGAGGUAUUAUAGAUAACAUUGUACAAGUACAGUUAUCAAUAUAUUUACAAUAUCCUGUCAGCUCUUCAUGGAUGAGAUGUAGCAUGAUACAGUACACUCAUUUUUACUCUCAUCUAGUGCAACCAAACUAAGGUGUAAAUACUAACACACUUGACAAUAAUAGUAAAACAUUUUUGUGAGGACUUUUAAAAGACACGUCACUAAAGUAGAAUUUGAUUGUUAGCCUUGAGGAGAAGUGAUGUAUAUAUGCUACACUUACCAGGGAGAUUGUCAGUCAAAUGAGGCUCUAACCUAACCAGACUUUUAGGGUUCAAAUUAUUUGACCAAUCAUCCUACAGAUUAUUUGAUUGUCCAUGAAAAAGAACACAUCUAAUGAAAUUAAUUGUUAUCACUAUUGGAUCCACACAAGGUUUAAUAAAAUGUUACAAAAUGUAGUGAAGAAAUUACUCAUCUUAAUUACAAUUUAAUGUAUCAGUAUUUUACUAUUAUUUUCAGAUGUUUUGUAGUUAGUAAUUGCUACAUAGAUGUGGUUAGGUAAAGUAUUUCCGUAUGAUGCAACCAAUUCCAGCUACAUAAUUUUAAAUCAUUUGUUAGUGUACUUUAGAUAACUAGUUAGGUGGUAGCAAAUGAAACACAGGAUCAACUGUUUGAGCUAACAGGUUGGAUGACAGCUUCUUAACCAGUUGUAUUGAAAGUGAAAGCCAUGACAGUUUAAUUUUAAAAUUUGAACAAUAUGCUGAUAAUUUGAUGUUAGAGGCAAAGGGCUAAACUUGGGUGUCAUGGGUUUUGUUAGUACAGUAGUGUAUAAGCCCAUAAAUGAUGUACACAUCAUAAUCAGUCAUUGUCACUACCAAAUAUUGUCGUCAGUCGUUCAUCACCAUUAUCUCUACUCAUUAUCAUCAAAACUAUCACUUUAAUUACAUAAGUAUCUCAUCUAAGUUGUUCAGUUACCAGUACUAAUGAAAGGCUGUAGUGGAUUGCAUUGUGUCUUCAUUCAUGGUAAAGUUAUGUUAUGAGGGCUUCCAUCCUUGAGAAAACAUAAUGUUAAAAUGUUUCUGUGGUAGUUGUUUUAAAUGUAGAACAGAGUGUAUAAGUAGACUAAAAUUGUAUAUUAACACUCUUAUGUGUUUCAUGUAAAGAAUUACUCCACUGUUUUCAUACAGGAAAAUUAAUGCUCUAAGACAGGGGUUCUCAACCAGGGGGGAAUUUCCCCCCUCAGGUUUUCAGGGGGGGGGAAACUGAUACUAAUAUGGAAAAAAUAAAGGAUUUUCAGUAUUAUAUGCAUAUUAUUUGGAAUGCACUUUUUGAGGCAGACAAUCUUGGAAAGGAGGGGGGAAUGACAUUCUGACAUAUGGUGAAAGGGGUGCAUGGGGCAAACAAGGUUGAGAACCACUGCUCUAAGAAGAUUCCAUAAAAAUUAGAGUAUGAAUUUCAUUGAUAUAUACACUUUUUGGCAUUCGCUGUACCUGUUAACACACAGCUAUUUUUAUCAUUAUCUUGUAUCUGAUUUUGUCUUAAAUUUUUGUUCUCAAUUUCCAAUUGCCAAUAAUUAAACAUCUAGCCCACUAUUACUACUAGUACUGUAUCAGUUGUAUGACCAUUUAUCCACGUGAAAACUCUUUUGUUUCCAAAUCAUUAUUGUUUGUAGAAAUAUUGAGUUUUCACUGUAUUGUAUACAGUAUAUCUCUGGGAAACAAUAUUUAGAUAAAUUAUUUAAAGAUUUUUGUUGGUUGAAAAAAAUUUAGUCCUACUUCCAUUAGAAUGUGUUCUAUGGCCAGCAGUAUAAAAAUUUUCUACUGGUAGCUGAACACAUACUGUACUUAUACCCUCACUGUCAUGGGUAGCCCAGUGGUAUAUGGGUGGCUGAUGACCAGUACAGUAAUCCAGUGUUAAUGAAGACAUAAAUGUUUUCUAUUUUAUAAUUGUUCAUUCAAAAUCUUUAAUAUAAAAAUCAUUGUAAUUUCAAGUAUGUGUUUUGUCAAUUCCAUUUUGUAAACCUGAAGUGCACUAAAAAAUAAUUUAGCCCACAGGAAAUUAUUGAUAUGUAAUUUUAUCUGUGCACAACAAUGAGUCUUUACUCAGUUUAAAACCAAAACAAAAGAUUUGAACGCAACGGGAGAGAAAGAGAGAGAUAUUUAAUCUAUGAGGCGGACGAGAGUAAAAGUCGCAUUUGAUUGAGGUAAGUAAUUUUAGAUAUACAGCAACUCACUGUAUUUCUAGGUUAAGACAACAACUUAAUGAUACUAUUCCUUCAUGGAAAUUACCUUAUCUAUACUGUAUUCGAUCUUUUGUCUCUGAAUAAAGAGUCUGAACCAAAAAUGGUGUUAUGAGGGUGUGGGUGACUGAAGCAGAAUGGCUGGAGUUGUGUAAGGCUGGAAGGACAUUCACAACACAACACUGCACAGGAGCCAACACCUUCGUGGAGAGUGGCUAACACUUUAUUGAGUAAAGAUUGAGGUGUAGUUACUGUAGUGUGCAGGUAUCUCUUGUUUAACAAUGGUGAUGUGCUCCUGAAUAAAACCAUCGUUAAGCGAAAUUAUCGCAAAACAAGGGCUAACGAGGAAUAAUAUCCAUGGAGAUGACACGUAAUUGUGUAACAGAGUUGCCAACUCGCCACCCAGUAGGACUCGAGUGGUUGAGGCUGAGCUGUCAGCUAUGUUAUUGUUAACCUGGUAACUCUGGGUAGAGACAGUAUUUGUGCAGGUAAUUGUCAUUUUCUUCUUCUCUUUUUACUCUGUUGCAUGUACACAAUCAUUCAUACAGAACAACAAAUAAUGACUCACAGAGUAUAUAGACAUAAGAGAUGACUGAUAAGAACCAUUAAAAUAAAGAGAUAUGGUAUGGGUUUACACUUUAUUGAGAAGAUUAGUGGACUGUCUUGAUCACUUUGAUUUAUGUUUUAAGUGUUAUUUACAUGUAUCUUAAUUCUUAAUAUAUCUUAUCCCAAUUUAUA